GCAAGCACCGUGAGGGAGUCCACGACGACGAGCGGACACCGCGGGAGGUGCUAAUCACGAAUUCGAUGGAUGAGGAGCUGCGGCAUCCUGAGGCUGCGGUGGUCUCCGAUGAAAGCACCAAGGAUAGCCUCAGCAAUGCCGAUGAGGCAGCUUUGGACGAGCCCCGCGGAAUUCGCGACCGCCGCUCGAAGCUGCAAGAGGUCGAGGUGGUGCAGCGCCGACGUUGCUGCCUGUUUUCCGGAUGUGGUGGUGGCUAG